CCUCCCAGCCGGGCCAACUCUCGACAUGCCGCCGCUCAGCGCCGGCUGCUCUGCGUGUGACGGACGACCCCCGUCAGAUGCUUCGAGCCACGCACUUCCUCCUGCUGCUCGGCUCACGGACGACCACGCCCGCUCUCUUCGGUGAGCUCCGGACGGCGCUCGCGAACCACCCCAGGCUGAGCAUUGUGCUCGCCCACGAGCAGCGGGAGGGGCCGGCGGCCGCCGCAUUCGACCAGGUCAUUGCGGGCACGCCCAGCGACCUCACGCAGGCGGGCAUCUUCCACGACCUCGCCGUGCCGAUCCUCGACGCACCACACCUCAAGGUGAGCUUGCGGCUCCUCCUCCACAAGCUGGUAAGUGUUCCGAGCGUCGCCCACACAGCAAGCCGCUUCGGCGAGCUGUCCAUGCUGUCGAGGGUGGACAGUGGGGUCGGCAGCUCAACGAGCCUGCUGCGGCGUGCCUACUACCGCACGGCGAGCGAGCACUCCGCCAGCAUCUUUGGCUGAUUUUGGGCCCAAACCAGCCUCAGACUCGGCUCAGAGCCCGGAAAAUUUGAUGGUUUCCCCGGGAAAAUAGAGAGGAAAAGAGAGGGUGCUGUAAAGAAAAAAGGAAAGGAAAAG